GAAAUCUCAAAAGAAACUUGAUGAAAUUAUUCUUUCUUGGAGAACAUAUGUUCUUUGAAACAUUAAGGUCUUUGUGUAGAACACCACUCUGUCCAUGGGACCAGCUUUAAGAAACGCUAUUGUUGUCAGCCCCAGGGACACUGCAAUGGGGUAGAUCCAGCCUGACAAGUUCAGGAGCACUACUCAUCUCAGUGCACGUAAAGGGGUGUCUGGUAUGUCAUGUAAAGGGGUGUCCAGUACGUUUCAGAGCCUCUGGUGGCCAAUUUGUUCUCAGAACCCAUUAGCGGCGUUUACCGUUGCCGUGUACAGCAGUGAGCCUGGUGCCGUUUAAAGCAGGUGACCAGACUGGCUGGUCAUGCCCGGGCAGUCAUUUCUGGGAACGUGCAAGCUAAGCGAUAUUCUUGUUCUUUUCCAGAGUUGUUGAGACGGCCUUGGUACACUCAGGCCAGGCUGGCUCCCCCAGGAUGCUGGGAAUUCUGCCAGUGGGCCUAUGCCCACCUAGGCUUCUCUAAAGGGCUCAGAGCAAGCAAGGAGCUGCUCAGAACCAAGUAGGAGAGCGCAUUUUUAGAUUGACCUUAAUGACUCGAAGCAGCAGGGCUAGAGAAACCCUCAGAGCCAAGAGGGAGCCAUUUCCAGUAGGGUCCGGGAUGGACAAAGUCACCUAAUGAUCAGAAACACCAUGUUGAGCAAAGCCUCCUGGAAGAUGGCAACAUCUGAAAUGAAGAAUGAAAAUGGCACCAGGGCCACUGUUAAAGCAGCGAGCAGGCAGCUCAUUUGUCCAGGACUCCACCCAAUGAUGCUGUCGAAUGGUUUCUGCAGAGACACAAAGGUCCAUUGGAAUAACAGCACUUGGUAUGUGAGGCAAUUUACCACAGCUAACGGACCGCCAAAGUGUUGUUAUUGCUGGAUGCAAUGAAGCUCUCACUAAGCAGCCUCACCGGGGACCAGUAAAAACCGGUUACACUGAAGAGCUGUCAUUACAGAAAGCAGGUGGUGUAAAACAAUAGCUCAGCAGACUCUCUUUCCAAGCCCUCGAGGAGGAAGCAGCAAAGCUCACUCUGAGCCUGGAGGCUGAACCGGUCCAAGGGUCCCGGCAAGAGGGGAAGAGAGAGACGUGGCCCGCCACCUCACGCUUCAGAGUCACCCACCCGAUGGGGCUCCUCUCUACCCUCCUGCUCCUCUCCCUUUUCUCAGCAGCAGGUCUCAUCCUGUGCUCCGAACAUGAGACUCGUCUGGUUGCCAAGUUGUUCGAGGACUACAACAGUGUAGUGCGGCCAGUGGAUGAUCACCGGGACCCAGUCGUCGUCACAGUGGGCCUGCAGCUAAUACAGCUCAUCAAUGUGGAUGAAGUGAAUCAGAUCGUGACCACCAAUGUGCGUCUGAAGCAGCAAUGGGUGGAUUCCAAUCUCAAGUGGAAACCCGAAGACUAUGGCGGCUUGAAAAAGAUUCACAUUUCUUCGGAUCGGAUCUGGCGCCCGGACGUUGUCCUGUAUAAUAAUGCAGAUGGCGACUUUGCUAUCGUCAAGCUCACCAAAGUGCUUUUGGACUAUACGGGUCACAUUACUUGGACCCCACCUGCCAUUUUUAAGAGUUACUGUGAAAUCAUAGUCACCCAUUUUCCCUUUGACGAGCAGAACUGCAGCAUGAAGUUGGGCACGUGGACCUACGAUGGCUCUGUGGUUGUCAUCAAUCCGGAGAACGAGCGGCCUGACCUCAGCAACUUCAUGGAGAGUGGCGAAUGGGUCAUUAAAGAAUCCCGCGGCUGGAAACACUGGGUUUAUUAUGCCUGUUGUCCCAGCACUCCCUACCUAGAUAUCACUUACCACUUUGUCAUGCAGCGUCUGCCUCUCUACUUCAUCGUCAACGUCAUCAUCCCCUGCCUGCUCUUCUCCUUUCUCACUGGCUUGGUUUUCUAUCUGCCUACAGAUUCGGGAGAGAAGAUGACACUGAGUAUUUCUGUUUUACUGUCUUUGACGGUGUUCCUUCUGGUCAUCGUGGAGCUGAUCCCAUCCACGUCCAGUGCGGUGCCCUUGAUUGGCAAAUACAUGCUGUUCACAAUGGUAUUUGUCAUUACAUCAAUCAUCAUUACGGUUAUUGUCAUCAACACCCACCACCGCUCCCCAAGUACUCAUGUGAUGCCCGAAUGGGUCAGGAAGGUUUUUAUUAACACAAUCCCAAACAUCAUGUUCUUCUCCACAAUGAAGCGGCCAUCCAGGGAGAAACAGGAAAGAAAGAUUUUUACCGAAGACAUUGACAUUUCAGAAAUUUCCGGAAAUCCGGGUCCAACUACCAUGACCUUUCAGUCGCCGCUUAUCAAAAACCCAGACGUGAAGAGUGCCAUUGAGGGUGUAAAAUACAUUGCAGAAACAAUGAAGUCAGACCAAGAAUCUAAUAACGCUGCUGAAGAAUGGAAGUUUGUGGCGAUGGUGAUGGAUCAUCUUCUCCUGGGCAUCUUCAUGCUGGUUUGUAUCAUUGGCACCCUAGCUGUGUUUGCUGGUCGUCUCAUUGAGUUAAAUCAGCAAGGCUGAGCGCGGAAGCUGAACUCCAAUCUACCACUGUGGUAAUGUGAAGGUGAGGAGAAGGUAGCAGAGAGGAAUUUGGUUUGCUCCCUGGUGUAAAGAGCAUUUCAUUUCUCCUCAUUCAAAACUGCUUCACCUCUACCCGCCCCACCAAGUAAGCCCAUGUCAAUA